AAGUCUAAGCAAGCUUGAGUCUCAUCUAUUUUAUUAGCAAAAAUAACACAAAGCUGUCUAUUUUUAACAAUUGUAGUUUCUUCUCUUAUCUACAGUCUAGCUACAUUGACACUCCUCUAAGACUCCCGUCCCUCGGCUAUGGUAAUACCGGAGACAAGCAACUGUCAGUCGACUGACAUGAAUAUGGAGCGCCGACGAUACGGAACCUUUUCACUCAACAUGAAUGACUGGAUGAAUAACUGGUCCCCUCGGUCAUCACCAUGCAGACUCGCCAAGGAAGGAUACUUUUACGAUUUUUUCCUCCGGAGGGUUCGGUGCUACAACUGUGGGCAUGCGCCUUGGGGUCACAGAGUUGACUGCACCAGACACCUGCACAACGUGCCCUUUGCCCUGCUCCGAGAAGAGCAAGCUCUUCAGCUCCGGCGCCAUGUCCAGCUGGUCGCCGAGGAGGAAGAUUCCACAGGAGCCCCGAACCACUGGUGAGGUGAAUGAGGGGAUCAGUUCUCAGGUGCUGCCAUCCGCAGGUGGUGCUGUGACGAUCUCGUGUGAAUGAGAUGGACUCUGUGUAUGAUGUCGUGUCACUUCUCACGAUGCUGCAUAAAUUUAACUCAUUUGCGUAUUUUAGUAUUUUUUUAAUAACAAAAAUCUGUACUUUGACACAAUUACAUUUCCCCGCAUUUUUAAAUCGAUGUUCACAGUGUCUGUAUGUCUCUCUCUCACACACACACAGGCGCACACUUGCACACACACACACCUACGCUCGUUAAAAUAUAUUUAUAUUAUUUUGUAUAUAGCAAAAAUGCAUAAUAUUUAAUAGAUUGUUGUGUCUAUUUUAAUUUUUUCUCCCCAACCUAUAAAGUGAAAUGAAGAUGUAGGUGGAUAAUGAAGGUGAAACAGUUGGUGGGAUGUUAUUUUCUGUUCAUUUUGAUUGGCUGUUGCACCUUUUCCAUCGGUGAGUGCAGAUUAUCAGAACGUGUUCUGACUACACUGUAAAAAAGUUGUGUAAUGUACAUUGAAUAUGACAAAUUUUUGUGACUGUGAUUCAGUCGAUUG